GCGAAAUCGGCGCGACUUGAGCGCGCUGUCUUGGAAAUUCAAGUUUCCCCGGACGCUCCGGACGCGAAGUUUCCGAUUCGAAAAACGAAACGUGCGCUUCGAUGAACGAUCGGAAAUUCUUCAAAUUAGUUUUUUGUGAAUUGAACCGAACCAAAGAGAAUUAACACCGGAGGCCUACAAAUCAGAAAUCAUUCCAUUAUAAAAAAAUUAGUAAAGUGUGAAUGAACAUUCGAUGAUUUAAAUUUAAACAUAUAUCUAAUUUAAUAUGAACAAUUCCGAUCUAGUUAACAGGUUAGUAAACCGUCCAGUAAUUGCGCGGUAAUUUGUUAAACACAUUUAAAAAAAAAACCAAAAUCUAUCUACCAAUUUAUUUUUUACCCACAAACUUUAUCCGAAUUUUUGCUACGAAUAAUCCAUGUUUAAUUGGCCUUAAAAUUGGUUUUAUUCGACAUUGGAGAGUUAAGAGUAGCUAAUUCUAUCAACAACAAAAAAACUGAUCGGGGAAAAUUGGACCGAAUAAGUGUAUUGGUUCCUGAGUGGUUUAAUAUAAAAGGUGCAAUUCUUCGAGCUGGAGCGCCGGGCAUUCAACAAGCCACUAACGAAGAAUUAACUACACUUCACAUGUUAGCACCAGAAAAUAUGGACGUGAAUGUAACAUUGGAUGAAAACACGCUGAAAACCACGCUGAGCGUAGGUGUGGAAAACUCGAUGAUAGAUCGCGAUGAGAAUCUGGCGAAGAUCGAAAUCGCUACGCUAGCUUUAAUCUUCGUUGUUACUGUUAUAGGAAACAGCGUCGUCCUUUUGGCUUUAUGGACGAGAAAAAAGCACGCCGGCCGUAAAAAAUUGUCCCGAAUGUACUUCUUCAUCCUUCAUUUGAGCAUCGCCGAUCUAAUUACGGCCUUUCUCAGCGACUUGCCGCAAUUAGCCUGGGAAAUCACCUACAGGUUCAAGGGGGGCUUUUUCAUGUGCAAGCUGAUAAAGUACGGUCAGACGUUGGGCCCUUAUCUCAGCUCGUACGUGUUAAUGGCCACGGCCCUCGAUAGGCAUCAGGCCAUAUGCUACCCCCUUACGUAUUGCUCGUGGACCUCGAGAAAAUCCAAAUUUAUGGUGUACGCAGCUUGGGGGGUCAGUUUGGCGUUUUGUGUACCGCAAGUUACUAUAUUUUCCUACCAGGAAGUUUCGCUAGGUGUUUACGAUUGUUGGGCAACGUUCGAGAAAGAAUGGGGCGAGAGGACUUAUGUUAUUUGGUAUUGCAUAUCAAUCUUCAUCGUGCCGCUGUUCGUCUUGGUCUACACGUACACUCACAUAUGCGUGGAGAUAUGGCAGAGUUCGGAAUCGAGUCUGAGGCCGCGCAGCUCCCAAAAACAUUCGACGAAGAGGACGCCAUUCAUUUCGCGCGCCAAGAUAAACACGGUCAAACAGACGAUAGCCGUCAUCGUGAUGUACGUCGCAUGUUCGGCUCCAUUCAUCGUCGGGCAAUUAUGGGCCACCAUCGAUCCCCAAAAUCCUUUCCUCGACGGGCCCGUUUUCACCAUACUGAUGCUGUUGUACAGUUUAAAUAGCUGCGUUAAUCCCUGGAUAUACUUGGCCUUCAACAGAGAACUCCCGCGAUUGCUCUUAAAACAUUACAUCACUUCGACAAAAAACUACAAGGCAGCGGCCGGAGGACAAAGUCCAAGCGCCUCGUCGGGCGAUGUUCAAACGACUUCGCUACGUCUGUUUUCGAAAUGGUCCCGUUACAACGGCAACAACAACAACGAUCGCGCCCAGAAGGUCCCCGGCCGCUCGCCUAAUCGCCGCCCGUACACCGCCCAAUACACCGCCCACAAUUGGAUCGUGACGACGGAUGUGUGAGCGAAGGGAAACUGCGGAAGUUUUAUUCCGUCGAAAAAACGUCUCCAAAAAGGCCUAUACGAGGGUUGUUGUUCAUGUGGAAAUUGCAUGGAAUUCACACACAUCUCUCCUACUUAAAAUUAAACUGUGAUUUACAUGUUGGUACUUUUAAAGAAUGUGUUCACUUUAAUUGUUGAUAUACCUAAAGAGUUGUUUUAGCGACGAGAAGGAUCUCGAGAGUCUAUUUUAAAAGUUUCGUCAAUUAACCGAGAGAAUUCAGACCCCGAUUGAAGCGCAUUCUUUAAUGUGAAUUGUGCUGUUUCUUAUAGAAAUGUUUGUUUUCUUGAAAAAAAAAUAUUCUACUGUGUAGAUUUUUUAAGUUGAAAUAUUUUUUUAUCGUUUUUACUUGAUGCUCAAAGCGCUGUGAGCAAACAAAAUAUGUAGAAUAUAAAAUACCUACUA